UUCCCCUUUCAUUUCUGUAGGCUGUUCAAUUAACCCCUCAACGAUGGCUGAACCUACAGGAAUAUCAGAGUAAAAAACUGAUGGCAGACCAUGGGGUUACAGUUCAGAGAUUCUUCGUGGCUGAUACUGCAAAUGAUGCCCUGGAGGCUGCGAAGAGACUAAAGGCAAGAGAAAUUGUUCUAAAAGCUCAGAUCCUGGCAGGAGGGAGAGGGAAAGGUGUUUUCAAUAGUGGAUUAAAAGGAGGAGUGCAUCUAACUAAAGACCCUGGGGAGGUUGGUCAGCUGGCUAAGCAGAUGAUUGGGUACAACCUUGCAACAAAGCAAACUCCAAAGGAUGGCGUUAAAGUUAAGAAGGUGAUGGUUGCAGAAGCUCUGGAUAUUUCAAGGGAAACCUACUUUGCGAUUUUGAUGGACCGAGCCUCUAGUGGACCUGUUAUGGUUGGCAGCCCACAGGGUGGUGUGGACAUAGAAGAAGUGGCAGCUACCACUCCAGAACUUAUUUUUAAGGAGGAAAUCGAUAUUUUUGAAGGUGUAAAGGAGAGCCAAGCACUGUGCAUGGCAGAAAAUUUAGGAUUCAAAGGACCUUUGCAGCAGCAGGCAGCAGAUCAAAUUAAGAAGCUGUAUAAUCUUUUCCUGAAAAUUGAUGCCACUCAGGUUGAAGUGAAUCCCUUUGGUGAAACUCCAGAAGGACAAGUUGUUUGCUUUGAUGCCAAGAUAAACUUCGAUGACAAUGCAGAGUUUAGGCAAAAGGAGAUAUUUGCCAUGGAUGACAAGUCUGAGAAUGAGCCCAUAGAAAAUGAGGCUGCCAAGUAUGACUUAAAGUACAUAGGACUGGAUGGAAACAUUGCUUGCUUUGUGAAUGGAGCUGGGCUUGCCAUGGCCACCUGUGAUAUCAUUUCCCUUAAUGGUGGAAAACCAGCCAACUUCCUGGACCUCGGUGGAGGUGUGAAAGAAGCCCAAGUAUAUCAGGCCUUCAAACUGCUCAGUGCUGAUCCUAAGGUUGAAGCAAUACUCGUCAACAUUUUUGGUGGGAUAGUGAACUGUGCUGUUAUCGCCAACGGCAUUACCAAAGCAUGCAGAGAGCUGGAACUGAAGGUACCUUUGGUGGUCAGACUGGAAGGCACGAAUGUUCAUGAAGCCCAGCGCAUUUUGAAAGAGAGUGGGCUACCCAUCACUUCUGCAAGCGACCUGGAGGAUGCAGCAAAGAAGGCUGUAGCUUAUGUAACAAAAAAAUAACUCCUUAAACACAUUUGCCUGCCAAGAGCCUGUGGUUUACAGUGGUGACAUUCCCAUUAUUGUUUCAGAGAGAAUUCUUAGGCGGUGUCUUUGUUUUGUAUUGCUGGAUUUAAUUUGACAUACAUGACAUUCGCAGUCCAGAAUGAGGAUUUCUAUAUUUUGAAAUAUUUUAUUCAAACAAGUAAGUCCUUGAUGAGCAUUCAAAUUGAGAAUGAUAAUAAAUAAUUAACAUUUAAUUUCACAGAGUCUUUCAAAAUAGUGUAGCUGACAGACUGGUGAUCAGUUGUAACAGUCCGUUACUAUCAUGGUCGACGUGGCUGUUCCCAAAUGCAAAAACUAAAGAUUGCAGAUUUUUUUUUAGGAAAACAUUUUAGUUUAUUUUUAAUGUCUUGAAAGGUCAGCAAACUAAACCCUAAAAGCUGAUUAAUGUAUUUUAAUGAAUAUCAAAGAUCCUAUGCGAGUUCACAAUCUAUAUUUUUUAUUGAAAUAUUGAAGUGGAUUUGUUUUAUUCUUUAGAAAAAUGGUGCUUGUAUCACACACCAUGCCUUAAGACGAUAUCUGUUUUCAGAUGCAAAAAAAUAUACCUCGCGUUAGAAAGAAAAGUUGAGUUAUAUUCACCUGUGGUAGAGAAAGGACUUUCCAUUCUUACACUGUACUUGUUAACAAAUGAGUUUUUAGCUAUGAAGAAGGAAAUGGAGUACUUCAAAGUGUAGGUGUGCCAUAUAAAAUCUAUCUGCCAAGAAGUAAUGGCUGCUAAUGUUUUCAAAAUAAACGCGUUGUAAAAGGCAGUGCCGUUCUGAGUCUUCAGCUAAGGGUGUAAAAUCAGCUGCAGCACACGGAAGACAUCCUCAAAAUAGUCAUCUAAUUUCAACGCAAGAAUUUUGAUUUGCUCUGAAUUGAUAUAAAGAACUUUUCAAGUUUGUUUUUUACAAACAUUUGAAUGCUCACUUUUUAGUAACUCAGAUAUUUAAAAGGAGCAAAUGGUAGUUCUCAGUGCUUGAAUAUCCACUAAAAUCUGUUUUGAUUGUAUAUGCAUUUGUAACAUUCACGUUCAAGCUGUUGUUUUUUUACGCAAGUCAUUCAUUCAGGGAACAGAAAAUAAUACCAAUGACUUGCAGAACUAACCAACACAAUGCAAAUCUUAGACCAGGAAUUAUUUGCUGAAAUUCAUGAAUGAUUUUGAAUAAUGAACAAAUGAGAACAUGUCGUGAUCUGUUCCCAAAUAAUUUGUCUGGGUCAAAUUUGCCUAAUAAAUUAUUCAAUGUGAAUUAUGUGCUCAAAUCUAGUCAAUACUGUAUUUUAUUUGGGGGAAAAUGUAAUUUAAUUUCUUGUUGACAUUUCCAUUAAAACAGUUACAAAUGAAA